GUGCACUCAGAGCCCGCCUGCUGGCUCCUUUCUCCAGUCCGCGCCCCUUCCUUCCUCAAUUCUGCCUCUUUCCCUCCUCCAUAGCUCCAGGAGUCCUCGGGGUUGUUUUCUCCCGUUUGGAACCGGAGGGGUUGCGGAGGACUAGAAAAGGAAGAGAGGUGACAAAGAUCUGUGUACAUCCCAGACUAGAACCGCGCUUUAUUUUUGCUUAACUCUUCCAGCUCCUCCAGUUCCCUCGAAUGCCCUCAACUGACUUUAGAACAACCAUCAUGAAAGGGCCCUCUACCUAGAUCACCUGCCGGCACUAUUAGUUGUCCCUAUUGGGAAACAAAUUCCCAACGCAAACACAACGCCGGCAUUUCAUAGCAAGAGCCUUAAUGACCCAGGUGGCCAGUGCAGUCAGCUCUGCAGAUCUAGACCCCAGGCUUUAUCAGACAACCUCCACGUCCCCACCCCCACAAGGAGCAGCAGACGAGGCCGGAAGCAUCUGCAAAAUGCCAGCGAGGAUCAAACUAUUAUUUUAUAGGAGAAGCUGAGACCUAAGGAGAUCAGUUUAACUAAAAGUCUCCCUAGUGCUGCCACUGCCUCCACCUGAGACCAGUUAGCACUCAAUUGGCCACCCUCCCGCAGCUCAGAGCAGAAGUGUGAGCUCAGCUGUUUCAGAGCCUCCCAACCAUGACCUCCAAAAAGCUGGUGAACUCGGUGGAAUUGUGUGCUGAUGAUGCCCUUGCUGGGUUAGUGGCCUGUAAUCCUAACCUGCAGCUCCUGCAAGGGCACCGUGUGGCCCUGCGUUCUGACCUGGACAGCCUCAAAGGCCGGGUGGCACUUCUUUCAGGUGGAGGUUCAGGCCAUGAGCCUGCCCAUGCCGGUUUUAUCGGGAAGGGAAUGCUGACCGGGGUCAUUGUAGGAUCCGUGUUUGCUUCUCCAGCUGUGGGCAGCAUCCUGGCAGCCAUUAGAGCUGUGGCCCAGGCAGGCACAGCGGGCACCCUCCUCAUCGUGAAGAACUACACUGGGGAUCGACUCAACUUUGGAUUUGCCGUGGAGCAGGCCAGGGCCGAGGGCAUCUCUGUGGAGAUGGUGGUGAUCGGGGAUGACAGUGCCUUCACUGUUCUGAAGAAGGCCGGCCGGCGUGGCCUGUGUGGCACCGUGCUUAUCCACAAGGUGGCAGGUGCUCUGGCUGAGGAAGGUGUGGGGCUGGAGGAGAUCGCAAAGCGGGUGAGCCUGGUCGCCAAGGCCAUGGGUACCCUGGGGGUGAGCUUGUCCUCCUGCAGUGUCCCUGGCUCCAAGCCCACCUUUGAGCUCGCAGCUGAUGAAGUGGAACUAGGCCUGGGGAUCCAUGGGGAAGCUGGUGUUCAGCGAAUAAAGAUGGCACCUGCUGAAAAGAUUGUCACUCUCAUGCUUGACCACAUGACAAACACCUCCAAUGUAUCCCAUGUGCCUGUACAGUCAGGCUCUUCAGUGGUGCUGAUAGUCAACAAUCUGGGUGGCCUGUCUUUCCUGGAACUGGGCAUCAUAGCUGAUGCUGCCAUACGCUUGCUGGAGGGCCGUGGGGUGAAGGUCGCCCGUGCCCUGGUGGGUACCUUCAUGUCAGCACUAGAGAUGUCUGGUGUUUCCCUUACCCUGCUGCUUGUGGAUGACCCCCUGCUGAAGCUGAUAGAUGCUGAAACUACUGCAACAGCCUGGCCUCACAUGGCCAAGAUGUCUGUGACUGGGCGGAAGCGGAUCCGAGAAGCUCCCACAGAGCCUCCAGAGGCCCCUGAGGCCACUGCAGCAGGAGGUGGAGCAGCAAAGCAGAUGACGCUUGUGCUGGAGCGGGUGUGCACCACCCUGAUCGGACUGGAGGAGCACCUGAAUGCCCUGGACAGGGCUGCUGGUGACGGGGAUUGUGGCAUUACCCAUAGCCGUGCUGCCAAAGCCAUCCAGGGCUGGGUAAAGGAGGGCCCAGCUCUAGCUAGCCCUACCCAGGUGCUCUCCAAGCUGUCUGUCCUGCUGCUGGAGAAGAUGGGAGGCUCAUCUGGCGCACUCUAUGGCCUGUUCCUGACUGCAGCUGCCCAGGCUCUCAAAGCCAAGACUGAUCUCCCAGCGUGGUCUGCUGCCAUGGAUGCCGGCCUGGAGGCCAUACAGAAGUAUGGAAAGGCUGCACCAGGAGAUAGGACAAUGCUGGAUUCUCUGUGGGCAGCAGGACAGGAGCUGCAAGCCUGGAAGAAGCCAGGAGCCAGUCUUCUCCCAGUCCUGACUAAAGCAGUCAAGAGUGCUGAAGCAGCAGCUGAGGCCACCAAGAACAUGGAAGCUGGCGCUGGAAGAGCUAGUUACAUCAGCUCCGCGCGACUAGAUCAGCCAGACCCUGGAGCAGUGGCAGUUGCCGCCAUCUUCCGCGCCAUCCUGGAAGUCUUGCAGACGCAGGGAGCAUAAUUGCCUUUUUCCUCCUCAGCUCCUCUCCCUGUUUACUUCCUCUUGCCUUCAGAUGGUCACCUUAUCCCUCACUCACCCUAGCACCCAUCCUCUGCCAUCCCUCCAGAACUGUUCUGUGAACAGUAAGUGGCUGGCUGGGUGGAUCAUAUGCCCUGCCAACACUGCUCUUCCUCUUCAGGAAAAGGCGUCCCUCAGGUCAUGUUCUCCCCACCCCAUCCAGCUCUGAAUGUCAGUGAUAAGGCUUUUCCUGAGUACAACAUGGCCUCUAACUGGGUGUACCUAUUUGAUUUCAAUACUCCAGGCCUCAUCCUCUGGAAGGCCUCUAACACCCAGUCAGUGUGUGAAAGAAAACUAAUAAAACCCAUUGAAGCCACAAGCUGCUGCCAUCAUCUUUAGGACUUCAGCCCUGGUUACCGUGGCCAUGACCCAUCUCUUGGCAAGCAGUUCAUCAGCUGUGCUCCAGACAAUUUCUGCUCAGCUGGGCUGGUUCCAUAGGGACUCCCCUUUCCUGUCCCAGCACACACCAUACCAAUGCACACCAGAUUGGCACAAAGGCUUGUCUCUGUACUAGAUCUACAACUGAUUCUUCAGAAAUUACAUGGGCAUUGGGUUCCCCAGAAGAAAAUGGACUCACUGUGUUUGAGGCUCUGUAAUAGUUCAGAAGCUACAGUCAUACCAGCCCCAAGGUCUCUCUAGAGCAAUGGUUCUCAACCUUCUUAAUGCUGUGACCC